GACGCUGGCCGUCGGAUCUUCCCCACGCCCACGCGUGCUCUGCACCGCGUCCCAGACCACUCGAGAAAACCCUCGCCGCCGCACUCUCACGGGCUCACUCAUCAUUAGUUUAAGUGUGAGGCCGCCGCGUGCGCCGGCGGCGGAGGCGGCCGCUCACCCCGCCGCCCCGCCCGUCCCGCUCGCCGCGGCCGAUGACCGCACUACCGAGACCGCGGCCACACGAAAAAAACGGCGGCGAUGAGGAGGCCCGGCCCUUGGCGCAGACCCGCGCUCCCGAGCGGCGGCAGCGUCGGACCCCUCCGCCUCGCGGGGCCAGCCCUCCCGUCCGCGCCGCGCCGCGACGCCGCCGGCUUGGAGGCCCGUGCUCGGGCAGCCGCCGCGGCGUCGUCGGCGUCGGAUGCGGUGGCGGGGCCUCCGGGGACCGCGUGGCGGGGGACCGUCGCGGCUUCCGGCCGUGGGUUCCGGCGACGCCAAGCCGUAGAUCUGAGCCGCCGUCCCCACUUCGUUUCCUCCAUGCUUCGAUCUGGUACCUCCAUCCCUCACCAUCUGUCUACCUCUCGCUCGCUCGCCGUGCGUGCGUGCGUAUAAGUGCAGUGCUCGGUUUGGUGGGUCGCUGGUUCCAGAUCUCACCUCUGCGGGGGCCGCCUCCUCCGAGCAGUUGGUCCGUUGGGCGCCGGGAAACCUUAGGGGGUAGGGACGGACCCAGCGAUGCGAGGAACGGAGCGUUGGCAGUACAGAAUCUUUGAAAAUACUCCGGUGACUAGGUGGUGACCGACGGAUAUUUUGGUUGUGGAAUCUUGGUUUUGUACGCCGGGGAUCACCACCGUCACCACAGUCAGUGGCGGAGCUUUAUUACCAACAAAUAUUGGAAGCUCGUCAGCAUCACCAUCUCCAUACAGACCGAGGGUUUGUUGGUCGCUGGUUCCAGAUCCCACCUAUAUGGGCGCCGCCUCCUCCGACCAGUUGGUCCGUUGGGCGCUGGGAACCCUUAGGAGGCAGGGACGGAACCAGCAAUGCAAGGAAUGGAGCAGUGGCAUUGUCAGAAUCUUUGCAAAUACCCUGGAGUCUGGAUAUUGGUAUAUCCAAAACAUCUUAUACUCCCUCUGUUCCUAAAUAUAAGUCCCUUUAGAGAUUUCAAUAGACUACAUAUGAGGCAAAAUGAGUGAAUCUACAUUCUGAAAUGCAUCUAUAUACACCCGUAUGUAGUCCUUGUUGAAAUCUCCAAAAUCCCCUCACAAUCAUCAUCAUCAUCACGAUCAUCUCCCUUGCUGUCACAAUCAGCUUGGUCCUCUUUGGUUCACAGGAUUCUAGAAAAGAAAGGCAGGGAUAUGUGAUAGUCCUACAGAAUUCCUUUGAAUCAAAGAGGCCCCCAACUUGUUGCUGCUGCUGUUGUUGGUGGUGCAAGCUAUUGCAAAGUUCAUACCAACUUUCUUUGGAUCAAAGAGGCCCUAAGGCUGUCGCACCUUUUGUUUGUGAAUGAUGCAUGGCUUUAUGAUUAACCAGUUUGUGGUUGCUGAACUGUGCCGUGCUGAAUGGACUUUCCAUUUUGGCGAGUCCGCUAGAGUUUCUCUUAGCUGGUGCGGGGCUAUGAUGAUUGAUUAUGGCUGAUAUAAGCAUGCUCUCGAGCAAUUGAGGCACUUGCGGGUAUAAAGUUGGACCCCCCCUUGUUUCUUUGAGCCGUUUUGAUCAUGUGCUUAUUUUAGUGGCUCUGUCCUUGGAUGGUCAUUUCUGAUGAGUGAUAACCAGGGCAGUUUCACCAUUGUAAGAACAGAUUCAUCCGGUGAUGGAGACACUAGGGAAAGGGUCAUAUGAUCGAGCAAAGGCGAAUCUGAGCCCAUUCAAAUGCAGUUCUGGUCUCAAAGCACAAUCUGCUAUGUUGCCAUUCUGUAUUUGUAUUUAGCGCCUCCUUGGUUUGCAGGAUUUUAAGAACACAACAACAACAACAACAACAACAACAACAACAACAACAACAACAACAACAACAACAACAACAACAACAAAGCCUUUAGUCCCAAACAAGUUGGGGUAGGCUAGAGGUGAACACACUCAAGGAAAAAUUGCAGGAUUGCAUUGUUAGGGCAUCUCCAUCGCAGACCCCCAAGGUUCCGUCCGCAAAUGUCCGCGGACAUGUCCUGACGUGUCUGCGGACUGCCGGCCGGGCCUAGGCCAUUCUUGCUAGGGCGAUGAUGAUUGACCAUGGCUGAAAUAGUGUGCCUUUGAGCAAUCGAGGCACCUGUGGGUAUCAAGUUGGAUCCUCCCUCUUGUCUCUAGAAUCCUUUGAUCCUGUGAUACUGAUUGCUCUGUCCUUGGACGGUCAUUCUUGCUGAGUGAUAACCAGGGCAGCUCCACAGUAUAAACUGGUUGAUCUGGUGAUAGCAGACGAUGUGGGUAGGUUAUAUGAUCGAGCAAAGGCGAAUCUGAGCCCACUAUGCAAUAUAAGCUCCAGUGUUUAUAUCUGUCUUGUGUAAAGAUUUCUUCUCUUAUACCUUCAUUGCAUAAGUUAUGCUUGAUCUUUUAUCGUUCGCUGUUGCUCCUUAAUUUAAUCUGGUUAAGAGUAAGUUGCACUUUGUUACAUUAGGAAGACUUGCUCCCAGCAAAUUAUCGGUUGAAUGGCUUGUUUUAAUUAGUUGUCAUACUAUUAUUUCUAUUUUUCCGCAAGUUACCAGUUGCAGCUACUUGUUCUUACAUGCUACAAAUAAUAAUGCAACUGGAUUUUUUUGGAGAGAAUGCUGGACUGUUCAUGUAAAGAGUGACCGAGGCAGCAUGUCACAUGUUACUGUCUGUAUCCAUAAGCAAUUUUUCAACUGCUGUGAUUAAGUUGCUGGGUUAAUCUGGGCCAUUGAGCAGUCAUUUUCUUUUGUUUUCUUUAGUUUGUUCUGAAGCUUUCCCCAAUUCUGGCUGUCGCCACUAUGUUUUUUAGAUCAUCCACCAGAUUAAGUGCAGCUGAACUUCAAAGGAUUUGUGUUUUGUUAGUGUCUUAACUUGUUUCCUUGCUAAGUAAGCCUUUGGGGUUAUUCUGUUCUGUUGCUGCCUUCUUUGUACAUAUAGUUUUGCAUCACUUUGUCUUGUACUCUUCCUGGCAAGCUUAUAACAGUGACGACCUUUGUCCAUUUAGACAUAGAAUGUGUGCUCUGCACCCGACAUGUGGAGAAGGCACGCUGUCAAAAAAAAGUGGAGAAGGGACGCAUGGUACCGCGUCCCAAACUGCUCGACAAAACCCUCUCCGCCGCCCUCUCUCACGGGCUCACUCAUCAUUAGUUUUAAGUGUGAGACCGCCGCGUCCAUCGGCGGUGGAGGUGGCAGAGCUGUCGCUCACCCCUUCGCUCCGCUGCGGCCGAUGACCGCACCACCUGAGACCGUGGCCACUUGGAAAACAGCGGCGAUGAGGAGGCCCGGCCCUUGGCGGCGACCUGUCCCUCUGAAUGGCGGCAGCGUCGGCCCUUGGCGGCGACCUGUCCCUCUGAAUGGCGGCAGCGUUGGAUCUUUGCCUCGCGGGGCCCGCUCUCCCAUCUGCUCCGCGCUGCGAAGCCGCCGGCAUGGCGGCCCUUGCUCCGGGCAGCUGCCGCAGCGUCGUCAGCGUCAGGUGCGGUGGCGGGGGUUGUGGGGACCGCGGGGCGGGGGACUGCCGUGGUUUCCUAUUGUCGGUUCUGACGACGUCAAGCCGUAGAUCUGAGCUGCCGCCACCAUGUCCAUUUUGUUUCUUCUAUGUUUUGAUUUGGUACCCCCCCCCCCCCCCCCCCCCCCCCCCCCCCCCCCCCCCCCACUCCCCCCCACCCCCACUCGCUGUGCCUUGCGAGUGUGUCCAUGUAUAAGGGAGGUGCUUGUUUGUUUUUCAUGUGCGAGUCUCGGCGUUUUGGUGAAGCUGUGCGAGGGUUUGGUCGGUUGCUGGUUCUACAUCCCACCUCUAUGGGCUCCGCCUCCAACCGACCAGUUGGUCCGUUGGGUGCUGAGAAAUCUUAGGGGGUAGGGAUGGACCCAGCGACGACACUGCCACAACCUUUGCAAAUACUCUAGCGACCAGCACUGUCAGUGGCGGAGCUUUACCAAUAAAUAUUGGAACCUCGUCAGCAUCAUCAUCUUGGUCGCUGUCUCAUUCCCCUUUGUACUCUUUGGUUCGCAGGAUUCUAGAAAUAUGGGAAUAUGAAAGUCACAGGAAUAUGUGAUAGGAUCCUCCAAAAUUCCUUUGAAUCAAAGAGGCCUCAAACUUGCUGGUGCUGGUGGUGGUGAUGCUGGUGCAAGCUCCUCUCUCUCUCUCUCUCUACUGCGAAGUUCCUGUGAACUUACUUGGAUCAAAGAGGCCCUAAGCUGUCACACUUCUUGUUUGUGAAUGGUGCAUGGCUUUAUGAUUAACCUCAGUUUCUGGUUGCUGAACUGUGUCGUGCUGAAUGGACUUUCCAUUUUGGCAAGUCUGCUGGAGUUGCUCUUAGCUGGCGUGGGGCUAUGAUGAUUGAUUAUGGCUGAUAUAAGCAUGCUCUUGAGCAAUGGAGGCACUUUUCGGGUAUUAAGUUGGAUACCCCCUUGUUUCUUUGAGCCGUUUUGAUCAUGCGCUUAUUUUAGUGUCUCUGUCCUUGGAUGGUCAUUUCUGAUGAGUGAUAACCAGGACAGUCUCACCAUUGUAAGAACAGAUUGAUCUGGUGAUGGAGACACUAGGGAAAGGGUCAUAUGAUCGAGCAAAGGCGAAUCUGAGCCCAUUCAAAUGCAGUUCUGGUCUCAAGCACAGUGUGCUAUGUUGUUGCUGUUCUGUAUUUGUAUUUAGCGCCUCUUUGGUUUGCAGGAAUUUAAGAACACAACAACAACAACAAAGCCUUUAGUCCCAAACAAGUUGGGGUAGGCUAGAGGUGAAACCCAUAAAGAUCUCGCAACUAACUCAUGGUUCUUGCACAUGGAUAGCAAGCUUCCACGCACCCCUGUCCAUGGCUAGUUCUCUGGUGAUACUCCAGUCCUUGAGAUCUCUCUUUAGGGAUUCCUCUCAUGUCAAGUUUGGUCUACCCUGACCUCUCUUGACAUUAUCAACACGCUUUAGCCGUUCGCUAUGCAUUGGCGCUUUUGGAGGCCUGCGCUGAAUAUUCCCAAACCAUAUCAGACGAUGUUGGACAAGCUUCAUUGAAGGAAAAAAAAAUGCAGGAUAUUGCAUUGUUAAGGUAUCUCCAACCCUGACCCCCAAAGUUCUGUCAGCAAAUGUCUGCGGACAUGUCCUGACGUGUCCGCGGACAGCCGGCUGGGCGGAGGGCAUUCUUGCUAGGGCGAUGAUGAUUGACCGUGGCUGAAAUAAGUGUGCCUUUGAGCAAUCAAGGCACCUGUGGGUUUCAAGUUGGUUCUUCCCUCUUGUCUCUAGAAUCCUUUUUGAUCCUGUGAUACUUAUUGUUCUGUCCUUGGACGGUCAUUCUUGUUGAGUGAUAACCAGGGCAGCUCCACUCUAUAAACAGAUUGAUCUGGUGAUAAGAGAUGACGGGGGUAGGUUAUAUGAUCGAGGAAAGGCGAAUCUGAGCCCACUGCAAUGAACCCUAAACCCUUUUUAUUUGUAUUUAAAGGUGUUGCUUAUUCUCAAGUGUUUAUAGCAGUCUCGUGCAAAGAUUUCUUCCCUCUCAUACCUUUAUUGCAUAUAAGUUGUUCUUGAUCUUUUAUUGUUUGUUGUUGCUCCUUAAUUUAAUCUGGUUAAGGGUAAGCUGCACUUUGCUAUACUUGAAAGACUCGCUCCCAGCAAGUUAUCAUUUGAAUGGCUUGUUUUAAUUCGUUGUGACACUAUUACUUCUAUUUUUCCGGAAGUUUCCCGAUGCAGCUAUUUGUUCUUACUCAAUCCGUUUCUAAAUAUAAGUCUUUUUAGAGAUUUCAAAUUUUCAAUACAAACUAAAUACUGAUGUAUAUAGACAUAUUUUAGAGUGUAAAUUCACUCAUUUUGCUCUCUAUGUAGUCCCUUAUUGACAUAUCUAAAAAGACUUACAUUUACGACCGGAGGGAGCACAUGCUAAAAUUAUAAUGCUACAGAAUUUUUUGUAGUUCGUUUUUUUGAGAGAGAAUGCUGUAUUGUUCAUGUAAGGAGUGACCGAAGCAUGUCUCAUGUUGCUGUCUGUAUCUAUAAGCAAUUUUCCGACUGCUGUGAUUAAGUUGCUGGGAUAAUCCGAGCCAUCGAGUGGACAUUUCUCUGAAGCUUUACCCAAUUCUGUCUGUCACCACUGCAUUUUUUGGAUCACGCACCAGACUAAAUGUAGUGAACUUCGAAGGAUGUGUGUUUUGGUAGCUUCUUAACUUGUUUCCUUGCUAAGUAAGCCUUCGGGGUUAUUCUGUUCUGUUGCUGCCUUCUUUAUACAUAUAGUUUUGGUCUUUUGCAUCACUUUGUCUUGCACUCUUCCGAGCAAGCUUAUAACAGUGAUGACUUUGUCCAUUUAGUCAUAGCAACUAUUUGAAUUAUCAAAAUUUGCUACCAUUUGGUUACCACCAGAUGUUUGUCUGUUGACAAAACAUGGUCCAGGAAGGCAUUUUGUCUGCUAUGUUUUUUGAAAUAGAAUUCUGAUUCAGGGCUAUGAUGAUUGACCAUUGCUGAUAUAAGCAUGCUCUCGAGCAAUCGAGUAAGCUUUGGGUAUAAGUUGGAUCCUCCCUUGUCUCUUGGAGCCGUUUCAACCACAACAAGAAUUAUGGAACGGAGGGAGUAUAUAUUUUCUGUGGCUCUGUCCUUGGAAGGUCAUUUUGAUCAGUGAUAACCAGGGCAGCUCCACAGUAUAAACGGGUUGAUCUGGUGGUAAGAGAUGAUGGGGGUAGGUUAUAUGAUCUGAGCCCCUCAAAUGCAAUUCUAGUGCUCCUUCAGCAUAAUGUGCUACGUUGUUUCUCUUUUCUUAUUUGUAUUUGAAGGUGUCGCUUUUUAUGCUCCUGUUUUUAUAGCUGUUCUGUGUAUAUAUUUCUUCCCUCGUACCUUUAUUGUGCAAGAUGUUCUUGCUCUUUUUUGUUUCGUUCUUGCAUCUAUCUGCACUAUAGUACGUGAAGUAUCAACCAAAAAAAAUUGGUCUUUGAUGCUACAUAUUCAGUUAAUUUUGUUCCCACUGUGCAACUUAAAUGUAUUGUCAUUGCCCCCAGCACAUUAUACUUUGUGGUUUGCACACAUGCAUGGCAAAAUACUCCAAACCUGAUGUGGUGUAAUGAUGCUCUAUCAUGUAUUUUAAAAGCAUGCCUUGGGGCAAGCUUCUAUAUCACCACCCUUCUCCACAGAAGCAUGUUCAAAUCAUAAGCUAGUGUUGGUGGUGCUGUAAUUCGUAUGGUCAAUCAGAUAAUCAGUGCAACAUGCUCGUCAUGUGUUUGGAUGCAACUGAGAGUGCAUAUGCACAUUAGAUGCUGUGAAUAAAAGGUUGUGUGCUUGGCCAGUAAUUUUAAUAUGUGAGGCCUUCAUUGGCUAUGUAUAAUAUAAUGUUCUCUUGCCAUGUAUGUGUUGAGUGUUGGAUAACAAAAUGAUAAUGUUAAGUGAAAUUCUUCAAUAUCAAAUGAACUCUUUGUACAGAUUUUUUUAGUUCUAUUGGAUUUCCCAUAAUAGUUUGCAUACAGGUCUACCAUUGUGUCUCUUCAUGAAUGCGGUACUACUAAGCAAGCCUGAGAAGCCUUUGUAAUAGUUUGUGUAAUUGAGCAGUUUCUUUCUUUCAACUGCCAUAAUGUGUGCAAUUUCAUCUUGAUUCUAAAGUACAUGUUUCCUUUCUACUUGAAGUUAGAUGUAGGUCAGUAGGCAUCAGGAUGAUUGCAUAGCCCAAUAUUCUCCCUUGUUACAUAAUUUUGCAAGCUAUUGGUGACCACAAAUUAUUACGGGUUCUGUAUGCCAAACAAUGCUCUCUGUUUAAUGCAAAAUAUAUUGUUUGUAGGCACUAUUUGGUUUUGCUUGACAUUGAUUUUGGUGGUUUGCAUUUAAGUUAAAAUGCAGGCAGUGGUUGUUCUUUAUUGUUUGGUAAUUUAAUUUUUCUCUUCUGUUAGUUGUACUUGUUCUUUAUUGUUUGGGAUUUUGUUGCUUUCAGGAGAUAGCUUCUUCUCGCUUGCUUCUUCAGACUUGUAAUCCAUGAUCAUUUUGCAGCUUUCAGUAGGUAGCAUAUUCUUUAUUCUUUUGGGGUAAUUCUGUGUUGUUGCUGCCUUCUUUUUACAUAUAGUUUUGCAUCGCUUUGCUUUGCACUCUUCCUGGCAUGCUUAUAACAGAGACCUUUGUCCAUUAGACAUAGUAACUGUUUGAAUUAUCAAAAUUCGCUACCAUUUGCUCACCACCAGAAGUUUAUCUGUUCACAAAACAUGGUCCAGGAAGGCAUUUUUUCUGCUAUGUUUUUUGAAAUAGAAUUCUGAUAUGGGGCAAUGAUGAUCGACCAUUGCUGAUAUAAGCAUGCUCUCGAGCAAUCGAGUAAGCUGUGCGUAUUCAGUUUGAUCCUCCCUCGUCUCGUGGAGCCAUUUCAACCAUGAUAAGAAUUAUGGAACGGAGGGAGUACUAAGAGCAACUCUAGCAGAUUUGCUAUAUUUUUGGUGGCUCUGUCCUUGGAAGGUCAUUUUGAUGAGUGAUAACCAGGGCAGCUCCACACUAUAAAUGGGUUGAUCUGGUGAUAAGAGAUGAUUGGGGUAGGUUAUAUGAUCAAGCAAAGGCGAAUCUGAGGCCCCUCAAAUGCAAUUCUAGUGCUCUUUCAGCAUAAUGUGCUGCACUGUUUCUCUUUUUUUUAUCUGUAUUUGAAGGUGUCGCUUAUUUAUGCAAUUGUGUUUAUAGCUGUCCUGUGUAUGUAUUUCUUCCCUCUCAUACCUUUAUUGCGUAAGUUGUUCUUGCCCUUUUUUUUUCAUCUGUCUGCACUAUAGUACAUCAAGUAUCAGGCAAGAAAAAAUUGUACUUUGAUGCUACAUAUUCAGUUAGUUUUGUUCCCACUGUUCAACUUAAAUGGAUUAUCGUGGCCCCCAGCACACCAUACUUUGUGGUCGCAUACAUGCACAGCAAAAUACUCCAAAUCUGAUGUGGUCUAAUGAUGCUCUAUCAUGUAUUUUAAUAAGCAUGCCUUAGAUCAAGCUUCUAUAUCACAGCCCUUCUCCACAGAAGCAAGUUCAAGUCGGUGGUGCUGUAAUUCGUAUGCUUGUCAUAUUCCUUUUGGAUGCAAUUGAGAGUGCAUAUGCACAUUAAAUGCUGUGAAUCAGAGCUUGCGUGCCUCGUCAGUAAUUUUGAUAUGUGAGCCCUCGAUUGGCUAUGUAUAAUAUGUUGUUCUCUCGCCAUGUAUGUGUUGAGUGUUGGUUAACAAAAUGAUAAUGUUCAGUGAAAAUUUUCAAUAUCAAACAAAUUUGUUGUACCGAGUUUGUUAGUUCUAUUGAAUUUCCCAUGAGAGUUUGUAUGCCGGUAUACCAUUGUGUCUCUUCAUGAAUGCGGUCCUGCUGAGCAAGCCUGAGAAGCCCUUGUACUAAUAGUUUGUGUAUUUGAGCAGUUUCGCCCUUUCAACUGCGAUGAUGUGUGCAAUUUCAUCUUGAUUCUAAAGUAGAGUUCCUUUCUACUUGAGGUUAAAUCGAGGUCAGUAGGCAUCAGGAGGAUUACAUAGCCCAAUAUCCUCCCUUGUCACAUAAUUUUGCAAGCAAUUGGUGACCACAAAUUAUUACGGGUUCUGUAUGCCAAACAAUGCUCUGUUUAAUGCAAAAUAUUUUUUUGUAUUGUAUUGUACUGCUAUUGCACAAGAUUUCUGGUUCCUCCUAACUAUGAGGCACUAUUUGGUUUUGCUUGACGGUAAUUUUGGCGCUUUAUUUCAACUAGAAUGCACGCAGGACAUGUUGUUUGGUCAUUUGAUAUUUUUCUUCUCCUACGGCUACUUGUUCUUUAUUUGUUUCUAAUCAUUUUGCUGCUCUCAAGAGAUGCUUACCAUAUUCUCGCUUGGUUCAUCAGUGACCUCAUCCAUUUGGUUUGGUGUCAAAAGAGAAAGGGCCUCCCAACCAAGUUUCAUGUUCAUCUUAUUGGCUCUAGCUGUGAUCUUGUAGAUAUUGCUGCAUGUGGAACAUAUUUUAGCGUUUCCUAAGUUGGGUUCUAGAGUGGUUGCACUCUGUUAUACCAAGGUAGACUUGCUGGCUUGUUUUUAAAUGGUUGUCAUACCAGCAUUGUUUUCUCCCAGCAAAUUACCAGCUGCAGCAUUUUGUUCUUACAUGUGACAGAGAACCGAGGAUGUUGCAUGUUGCUGUCUGUAACCAUAAGCAAUUUUUUGGCUGCUGUGACUCUGAUUGAGUUGCUGGGUUUAGCUGAGCCACUGAGGUCUGAGGUGAUAUUUUGACUGCUGUUACUGUUGCCUCGAGUGCCAGUUUGGGCGUUCGACGCCUACGGUCUGUUCGAAGUGCUACGGUUUUGUCGUGUUACCCCGUGACAGGUUUCUUCAAUGUUAAGCAUCAUUUAGCAUGUUAUUGUUUUCUCAAACCGGCUGUCUCCAUCUCUUGGGCCUGGUUUGAAUAAUCAUACACUUUUGGUUGUACGUGUGCAGGGCUGCAUGCAGGCUGGCUGGCUGGGAGUGUGUACGUCCUCGCACACCCGCGCCUUCUUAAAUCCCAGACCACAUCGGCAGUGACGCCGGCGGGCUGCAGGGAGUGACGGGCAGAAAUGGCGGCCUCCUCCCACCCCGCCGUCAUCUUGGUGUUGCUGUUGCUCCUCCUCGUCGUGGCGUUCGCGCCCGCACCGGCAGCAGCAGUGAGCCCCUCCAAGCGCCCCACCCAUCAGCCUCCCUCUUUCCCUGCCGGAAUCUCUACCCCGCGGCAGCUGGCUGCAAGCUCGAGCAGCGGGUACGCCACUGCGGUGAAGCCGUUCACGGCGCACUACUUCCCGCAGGAGCUGGACCACUUCACCUUCACGCCCAACUCCUCCCGCGUCUUCUCCCAGAAGUACCUCCUCAACGACACCUUCUGGCGGCGGAAGCCCACCGUCGGGCCGCUGUUUGUGUACAUGGGCGGCGAGGCCGACAUUGAGUGGUUGGCCACCACCACGGGCUUCAUGUUCGACAUCGCGCCAGAGUUUGGGGCUCUCAUCGUCUUCAUCGAGCAUCGGUUCUACGGGGAGUCAAAGCCGUUCGGUAACGACUUGUACAAGUCAGCUGACAUGCUGGGCUACCUGACGUCCACACAGGCGCUCGCCGACUUUGCCAUCCUCAUCACCAGCCUCAAGCAGAACAUGUCCAUUGUUGACGCCCCUGUCGUCGUCUUCGGCGGCUCUUACGGCGGCAUGUUGGCUUCAUGGUUCAGGUUAAAGUAUCCCCAUGUCGCCAUGGGAGCCCUGGCGUCUUCUGCACCCAUCCUGCACUUCGACGACAUCACUCCGUGGUCAAGCUUUCAUGAUACCGUCUCACAGGACUUCAAGUCCGAGAGCCUGAAUUGCUUCAGUGUCAUCAAGGCAGUCUGGGAUGUGCUAGAUAACAGGGGAUCCAAUGACACAGGGCUCUUGGAGCUCAGCAAAACCUUCAGGGCCUGCAAGACCGUACAGUUCAUUUAUUCGCUGAGCGGCUGGCUACGGACAGCGUUCAUCCACACAGCCAUGAUGGACUAUCCAACCCCAGCAAAUUUCUUGAUGAAUCUGCCUGCUUACCCAGUCAAGGAGAUGUGCAAGAUCAUUGAUUCUUUUCCUGCGGGAGCCGACGUCAUCGACAAGGCUUUCACUGCGGCGAGCAUGUACUACAAUUACACAGGCGACCAGAAAUGCUUCCAGGUGGAGGGUGGCGAUGAUGACCCUCAUGGCUUCAAAGGAUGGGGCUGGCAGGCCUGCACAGAGAUGGUCAUGCCGAUGACGGUGUCGAACGAGAGCAUGUUCCCACCAUCCAGCUUCAGUUACGAGAAGACGUCCGAGAACUGCCUCGCGGGCUACAAAGUUCUUCCGAGGAUGCACUGGAUCACUUCUGAAUAUGGUGGCCAUAAAAUUGACAAGGUUCUCAAGAGGUUUGGGAGCAACAUCAUCUUCUCCAAUGGGAUGCGAGACCCGUGGAGCGGAGGCGGGGUACUCAAGAACAUAUCAUCCAGCAUCAUUGCUCUUGUCACGGAGAAAGGGGCCCAUCAUUUGGACCUCAGAUCUGCAACCAAGGAUGAUCCAGACUGGAUUGUAGAACAAAGGAGACAGGAAGUUGAGAUCGUACAUGGAUGGAUAGACCAGUAUAACAAGGACAUUGCACAGAUGUAGCAGUAAGA